UGAUGCUCACUCAUAAUGAUUCAUCAGCCGAGAUCUGGGCUCCGAUGAGUUCAUUUUCGGAGCCGAGUGCUCAGUCGUGGGCCCUCGGAUGCCCCCACCCCCACCUCUCUCAUCCCGCGUCUCGACGGACCUGAACGCUGCCGCAGCCGCAGCAGCAGCCGCAGCAGCAGCAGCAGCAGCAGCAGCAUCACCGGCGGCAGCCUCCAAACUGCGUUUCCCCCCUCCGCGAUGGAUCCCCGUGGAAACCGGUGAAGCUGCUGAAGCACGACCGCUGUACCGCGGAAAGCACACCGGCUCGCAAUUACAGAGGAAUAAGAAGAGGACUAUUAUUACGUUGUGAAAAUUCAUCAGGCUGGUAGAUAUACACAGCUGGCUUGACGGCAUGUAGGAGCUGGAUAACUAUUCUUGUGUGACCGACACCCAUCUGCAGUUGAUUACAACACAAUGAAAGAGUGUUGUGCUCACAUUGAGGGGAGGGCGAGAGAAAGACAACGAGAUAAAAGAGGAGGAGAGCAUGAGGAAGCAUUUAUGCAGCAGCAGUAGCAGAGAUAAAGAGCACGCCUUUGGGUGAAGCCCAUCAUUGGACCCAGACUGAUUGGAGACAUGUUUUGAGCUCGACAUCUUGGCCACCAUGAAAGGAUUAGGAGCCAGCCGCAGUCGCCACCUGUCUGACUCAUGUGAACCAGCAGGGUGUGCUCAGAAGCCUCUGUGCCCCCUGACGUCUGAUCCUCACAGCUCCUUUCUGUUGAGUCCUACAAUAAACCACUAUGGCACUUUGGACCCACAUCUCCAUCACUACACUCCCACCAGCCCCACCUCUUUGACCCCUGACUGUCUGCUGCCUUUCAGCCAGGUUCCCAAUAGCAGCACCUUCCCUCGUCUGCAUUUUACCCCCCACUCUGACCAGCUCGACUGUUCCCAGAGCUGUAUCCCUGGCGGGGUAGUAGGGCAAGGGGGCAGGGCCGCUGCUCUGUCCACCUCAUUGUCAAUGGGUAUGGGACUGGGUCUGGGUUUGACUGGUGCUCCCAUGAUCACCAGUGGAUCUGCCACCAUAUCCUCUGCAGCAGCAGCUAAGAUGAACCGAUUGCCCUCAAGUCUUUUGGAUCAGCUUGAGAGGCACCUGCCCCUGCAGCGAGAUGGCUUCAGCACUCUACAGUUUCACAGAGGACGAAUGUCUAAGCAGCGCAGUGAGAGCCCCGGUCGGAUCCGCCACAUCAUGCACUCUGUGCAGAAAUUGUUCGCCAAAUCCCAGUCUUUAGAGAACUCGGGGCUGAAAGGCAGCCUAAAUUCAACAGGAGGUGGCGAGGAAGGUGGCAGACCAAGCCGCAGGAGUAAGAGUAAAGACAGGGCUAAGACUGAGGGAUCAAAACAGAGACCUAGACCUAAUACACUAGGCCUUUGGGGCUCAGAUGACGCUCUGGACACUGACACUACCAAAGCUGGCACUAUCGCUGUAGGUUACCGCAACCCACUGAGUAUGAUGACUCUUGGCAGAGCGGUGUCAGAUAGCCAGACUGCUCUCAGACAUAUUCCACAGGGCUAUAACACAAUUUCUGCACAUUCUCUUAAAACCUCAAAAAGCAGCAGCGACCUCAAGUUCCUGGCAUGCCCUGCGAUGCAGGUCGGAGCCAAGGAAGAGGAGCCAAGAAACAGGGGGAGCAAGGAUGACAUGUCGGUGAAAAGGGGCACUUGGUCCACGCUCACUCUGAACCAGGCCAGGCAAGUGUUGCAGAAAGGCUCUGCUACUGUCAACAGGACUCUGCUUAAGACAAAGUCAUGUCACCAGGACCUGGCACAACAGUUUCUACAGGUUCCUCUGGAGGACUGGACCGGAAAUUUGGGUCAUGGAAGAACCAAGGGAACGGAGAUCCCAUGUAGGAGGAUGCGCAGCGGCAGCUAUGUUAAAGCAAUGGGAGACCCAGAAGACAGUGAGGAAUCUGAGGGAAGCCCCAAACCUUCUCCGAAAUCAGCAGCACGUCGCCAGAGCUACCUGAAGGCCACCCAGUCAUCCCUGAGUGAACAGCAGCCACCACCACCACCUCACAAGUCUCGCUGCUACGCUCUCAUGCGGGAGGAUUUUCUGUGGUCUCCUCUGCAGAGUGCAUGCUCUAUGCAGCAUCUGAGCUCCCUGCCGUCCCUCAAAGAGCUGCCUACUAAUCGGAGCCUUGAUAACUUGGACUGCCUGGUUAGCCCUGUGGAGGCUCCUCCUCGCUACAGGAACAGUGAUUUCAGCCAAUGCUCCGGCACACUGGGCAGAGGCUUGGGCACUCAGGUAUUCGCUCAGGGCUGUGGACACUCGUUACCAUACUGUGAGGGGGAAUCAAAGGCAGUCGAGGCUCUGGAUCUGCCUGCUCCCACGUGCUUCCGUUCUCGCAGUCACAGUUACCUGCGGGCAAUCCAGGCGGGCUGUUCCCAGGAUGAAGACACAACUUCAGUGGACUCAGAGACACCACCGCCCACCGCUGUAGGCUACAGCUACAGCUCCAACACAAUCAGCAAUAGAAAGGCUCCACCUCCAGUCCCACCUCGCUCCACUUCAAAGCCCCUCAUCUCUGUGACGUUGCAGAGCAGCACUGAGUCGGCCCAAGACACAUACCUUGACCAACAAGACCGGGGCAGCGAAGUCAACAGCCAAUCGGGGCGCAGCAACUCAUCCGACAGCCUCUGUAGCAUACGUACGGGCAGCCUGUUGAAGAGAAUCCAGCCCCCAAAACCCCUCAUCUCAAUCAUAAGCCCUGCACUCGCUGCAGGCUCUGGGCCCCCGGUUCCUGCCCCCCGUGACCUCUCCUCCACCACUGUUGCGACCACCACCAUCUCAACAUCUACUCAGUCCCAAAAUGACACCGUGAGCCCUGGUGCCAGCCUAGAGCAGCCUCCAACGGCACCCAAGAGGAAGCUCUCCUCUAUUGGAAUCCAGGUGGAUUGUAUUCUUCCAGUCCCAAGAGAGGAGCCCUUACCUCUGACUGCACCUUUAAAGUUUCAGUCGAUUGGCGUUCAAGUUGAGAACGGCAGGCCUCUCAGUCGGGAUAACAGCAUGGCCUCCAGACAAAAUACAGAGGUUGAGUCUCAGCCGCAGGAUGCCACACCCACAGAAAACGCAACCAAUUGCACCAACAGCCAGACUCUGAAUAGCACCACAACUAACGGACAAGAUAAAGCCAUGGAACAGCAUCACCUUAAACACACGUCGGCUCCAUCAAGGACAUCCAGCUUGCCUCCCGAGACUCUGGAUCCAGCUUUAGACCCCUCCUCCCUGCCGCCUCCAGACCCCAGCCUCGAGUCUGGGAACUGCAGCUCCCAGGGAGACGGUGUGCACUCCAGUACGCCAGCGUGCCUCCGAGACGGGAACUGGUUCCUGAAGCUUCUGCAGGCAGAAACAGGCCGCAUGGAGGGCUGGUGUCAACAGAUGGAGCAGGAGACCAAAGACAACAAUCUCUCAGAGGAGGUGUUGGGGACAAUCCGUAGUGCAGUAGGGAGUGCUCAGCUUCUCAUUUCACAGAAGUUUGAGCAGUUCAGAGGCCUCUGCAACGAGAAUCUGAACUUGAAUGCCAACCCAAGACCAACGGCACAAGACCUUGCAGGCUUCUGGGAUCUGCUGCAGCUCUCAAUAGAAGACAUCAGCAUGAAAUUUGAUGAGCUCUACCAACUAAAAGCAAACAACUGGCAACUUCCAGAGAAGCCAGAGAAGAAGGAUGAAAACAAGCAGCUUCCAUCAUCUGUGCCAAAGAAGCCGUCCAAGCCGCGGCUGUCAACAGGGAAGGACAGGAGCGUGGACUCUGCUGUGGACAAGCAGCGGCAGGAAGCCAGAAAACGUUUGAUGGCAGCGAAAAAGGCGGCGUCAGUACGACAGAACUCCGCCACGGAAAGUGCUGACAGCAUCGAAAUCUACGUCCCCGAAGCCCAGACCCGCCUCUGAGAACAAGCCACCACCGAUGAUGAAACAAAAUCCUGACUAGCUUUCAGAUACUCGUUGACACAGAAACACAGUUGUGAGAUGAACACACACACACACGCGCACGUAUGACGGAUGCACAGAGGCCGAUCUGCUUUAGCAGCGCGGCUGAUGGAUUAAAGACGUGAGGAUCACAGGGCACUGUAAUAUUCCAGGUCGUGAUCUGGCCGCCUUGGGACAGAAAAACCUUCACAGAUGUUUAAUACUAUUGUUCUCAUUGUUAUUGUUAUUGAUAUUAUAAUUAUCUCCUAAAAUAUUUCAAGACUGUCUUUAAUUGUGCGAGUGUCUUGGAUUAGGACAUCAUGUACCUUGUGAACUGAAAAAUCUUGGUAUCCCAGAAGUUUACGUUCUAGAAAAAAAAAUAAAAACCCUCACUGCUGAGUCUACCGGCAAAUUGUGGCUGUGCGGUUUACGAGCUGAGCUACCAUCCACACACACACUCAGGACACACAUGCAGGUGUACUCACUGUCCACAGAGUCUUCCUGUUCUCUCUUUGUAUUUGGCGUGUGGUGCAAGCUCUUUACUGUGUGAGGAAUACAAGAUGGCGUUUGAACCGAAGAGAACAAGAGGAAGGCAGUAGCAUAUAUUAUAAAUAACACACUAUUACAAUGUUAAUUUUGUAAAUGCUGUAUACCAGAAUAAUUGUUAGAAAGAGGUCAGUGUUAAGCACCAAGUUAGUUUUUUAUAAAUCGAGUACAUUUACUGUCAUGAUAUAUUAGCGCUUGAUGCAAUCAUUCACUUCAUCUUUUUCCUCUGUUCCUCCCUUUCACAAACAUUCAUCUGAAGCUGUUGAUCAAUAUCCAAUCUUAUGUUGAUUUUUGAGCAAGGGAUUUAUGGAAAGACUGCUUAAUCAUCUAUAGUGGAAUGUAUGAACUUAUGACUUGGUCACCGCACUUUCAGUUCACGACAGAUCAAGUUCAGCCACCUUUUAUGUUUUCCUAAUCAUUCUAACUUUUCACUGCAUCCCAAUGGGAUGUGGGGGACCAAGACAUUCACCUCUCAAUGUGGCGUUCCCGUUCAACCAAGCCGCAGCGUGAGGUAGGGAGGGUGGAGGGAGGGUUACUUGCUCCUGGUAAGGAAUCAAAAUAGGAAAGCAAUAAUUCAGACCAAUGCAAGCUGCAGGUGUCCAUUCUUAAAUUGUUUAUCUUAAUGUGAAGGACAAAAAAAGUGAACUGUACUGUUGGAAUGAAAAAUCUCAGGUUGAACACUUGAUAGUAAAACCACUAUACAUUGAAUAUUUGCUAUAUAAGCUUAAAACAUUUGGCCAAAUGCUCUGAACCUUUCGAAAACACUUCUUAUGCAUCCGGACAUAGUAAUUGUUCCUCUAAGAGAUUCUCCUCCCUCUCCCAAGUGUGGUGCAGUUUUGUACAGUCUUAAUACGACAAAUGACAUGUCUGUCUUCUCAUUUGUUGCAUCAUGAUUUUUUUAUUUUAUUUAAUUUUUUUAGAAUCAAACCGAGGUACAACUGUUUUACUUUAAGUUUUAAUGUAAUUUGACGUAUUUUUUGACUUUCAUUUUUAAUAUAAAUUACAUAAACAUGUAAUUUUAACAAAUGUUUGAAAUGCAAGAAAAUUUCUACUCUGCCAAGUUAGCAACUCUCAUUUCAGUUUCAUUUGAUCACUUUAUUUAAAUUUUUAUUUAAAUGUUUUAAGUUCAACUACAAUUUUUUUUCAUGUGUUUUGCCUCAUGUGACAUGUCAUGUCUUAUAGAUUUUAAUUAGAAUAUUUUUUUCAAAACAAUAAAUUUGAGAACUUUAUGAUUGGAGCUGGACUUUGCAAAUGAACCUUCAGACAUACAGGUAUAGAGGGGCAAAAGUGCUACAAUUCACCAAAUAGAUUUUUUAAAAAAUGUUUAUGUAGUAUGUGAUUGCUUAAAAAUGAGAUGAUUACAUGAAACAAGUUCAAAAUAGAUUAAAUAUUUUACUACAUCUAAAUAAAUAAAUAUGAAUUAAUCAUUAAGCAUCCUAUCAUUAUUUCAUUUUACUUGCUCAUCCGCAGUAGACCCUCAUGCCUGAUUGCUUUAAUCUGUCUGUGCAGCAGAGAACUACAGAACAAUCACCUUGUCUAUCAUAAUUUUGAUCAUAAUUUCAUUUUGAUUAGUAAAUCUGACCAAUCAAAUAAAUUGUUGCAGACAGGAUUAUAAAAUAAGCAUAGAUGCUUUUUGUAAUAAAUUCAGUUUUUUAAAACAGUGUUUUUGAUAUUUUUGCAUUUUAUAAAUUGGAAUUUUUAUGUAACUAGAGAUACUUUAGUUAUGUUAUGCAUUACCAAUUUCAAUUACAUUAUCACAUAUUUCAGGGGUUUUUUAAAAUAGAAUUCUGGCACUUUUGUCCCUCCAUUUUUAGGUUGGUAAAGAUUGUUUCUCUAAGAGCUGGUUCUCCCCCUACUGGUCAGAUAAUGCGUGACACUCGGAACAUGUAUUGCUUCUUCUUUGAGUCAGUCAUAAAUGAUCAAGCAAAGGAUGUUGAACUGGGAAUGCUGAUACAGCGCUGCAUAAUCAGUUCUAUUUGUAUAACAACAAUGGACAUGUGCACCUCAUUGUCCAAAGAAAUCAUUAAACAUCCCUUUGCUACAUGUCCUGGUCAUCAUUCCUGCUGUCUUUCUUUAUUGCACUCAUUCAUGAUCCAAUGGUAAUAUUAGCUGCCAAGUUAAUAUUACACCUAUAGUAAAUUCUAAACAUUACUGCAGAUCUUUUAUUGUUACUGUGUAAUCUCUGAAAGCAUGGCCUUUCUUUAAUAUAAGAUAUACAAAGAUUCUUACCAGUAAGCUUUCAGUGUUCCUUUAACUGGGUCUUGCAAAUGAUCUGUGUGAGGCAUUCAGGGUAUGUACUGUGCGUUGGCGUUUAUAACUGUGACGAAUGGUGGAAAGCCCUUUCUCCCUUUUUUUCAUAUCAUCUUCGAGCCGGAUCCCUUUAUCUGCCCAUACACUGAGAGCAAGACCUCCGAUCAGGGAUCUUUAGACAGUUUACCAGUACUUCCCGAGUUUCAAAGGGCUACAAAAUGGACAAACGUUGACCGGAAGGUGCAACUCUGGAGGUGCAUUUUGCUAAUGUGCUUUUCAGCCACCAUGUGAGUGAGGCAAUAUUUUUCCGGCUAUGUGAGGAAUCUGUUUAUUGUGGCUGCUUGAUGGACUGAAACACAUAAUCAUUAAAUAAACAUUCUUACUGGAGAACCUAUCCUUAGUGGCCUCAUCUCCCUGGCCACAUGUCUGUCCUCUCAGAGAGCCAGCUAGUCAAAUAAGCAAAAACUGUAGUUCCAGAAUCUGUUGUACUGAAUAAUUUUACACGAGAAGCACAUAUCUUACACAUGAAGGGUUGUUUAAAGUUAACUGUGUAUUAGACACUGUGAGCCUAGUUUCUUUCAAAGAUAAGAAUUGUGAUUGCAAUGAUUUAUGUGGCAUAUUUUCUGUAUUAUAUAAGAUGUAGAAUUAAAGAGGAAUGCCACUGA